AUGCUGCCCUCGCUGCCCCAGGUCUGUCUCAGUCUCAUAGAGAAAAACAACCAGUUGCACGCUGCACUCCGCAGCCUGCUGACUCCCCGUCUGCCGGCGGCCCUCGAGACCGCGCUCAGCGGCCCUGUCCUCGAGGAGUUGCAGUUUCGCCUUCUCCUCCAGAAGGCGCUUCUCGCCCCGCUGCUCUCCGCGCUCCUUCACUUUGCUCCACAACCAGAGGAGGCAGGCAGGGCAGCUGAAAGACGAGAGGGAUGGCCUCCGUCUUCUCUGUCUCAGCGUCCGUCGCCACUUCCCUCCUCGCAACGAGAAGGAAACAGAGACAAAGAAAAGCGCGAACGCCUCGCGGCUUCCGCGUGCGCCGGCGGGCAAGCCAAGCAAGGCGGGAGCGCCAGCGCUACUUCACGCAGGAGGCUCACCGCCGAGGAGGAGAAGAGUUCUCUUUUCUCCUCCUCGGCGCGCGCCUUGCUGGAAAAAGGAGGCCGCUUCCUGCUAGGCAAAGGUUUUCGCCCCCGGGUUAACACGGCGGGGUCUCUGGGCGCAUUUGACCCGCCGAAGGAGGGAAGGGGGAGGCAGAAGGUGUGCGACCGUAGAGCAGAAGAUGAAGUCGAAAAAGAGGAAAACGAGACGGCGAGCCAGUCGUGCGACGGAGCGCUCGGUCUCUCUGGUUCGCGCUUUGAAGAGAAUCUCAGGAUCGGAAUCAGUGCUCUCAUUUUCGCUCUGGCGCACUACACGCCGCCAGCGCCGCUUGAGGCUUCCCUGGAGAAAACAGAGCGUUGUGGAGUGAGGAGACCGCCGGAGGAGCCUUUAGCAUCCGCGGAGUCUUGCCGGCAUUCGCCUCUGCUCUGUUCGUCUUCGGAGACGCCGGUUUCUUCGUCUUCCUCUUUGCCGCUGCGCCCACGUUAUCCUUCUUCCUCGCCUUCUUCGCCACCCUCGUUUUCUGCAUCUCCCCCUCUGUUCUGUGACUCCUGGUCGUGUUCAUCCGCUGCGUCUCUCUCUGCAUCUCUCUCUUCUCCGCGUCCUUCAGUCUCUUUGCUACCGCGUCUGGCGUCGUUGUCGCCUUCUCCUCGUUGCUCUGUGCUCCUCCCCCUUCGCUCCUCGUGGCUCUCUGGCGGCGCCUUGGCUUCUCUUCCCUGCUCGUCUCGCGCGAGUUCUUGGCUCCGCGCGUUUUCUGCUUUGCAACGUCUUUUCUACCGUCCGCCGUCGGUGUCUGCGUCGCGGAUCGCGGCCUGCAUAGGCGCCAAUCGCAUUCUGACCGCUGCGGUUCAAGGCUGCCUCUGGGGCUUUGCGAUGGAGCGCGGCGGACUCUCUGCGGCGGUGCUUCUCCACGUGCUUCACAACUGCCAGCAAGUGGCUCUUCUUGCGCUCUUCAGGUGGAAUAUCUCUCGGAGAAAAGCAGGCGAAUCCGCUAAAUAA